CCAUGACAGCGGGGCAAGCGGGCCGGAGGAGCAGCGGCGGAGAAGGCGGCGGUCUCCCCCAAGCAGGAUGUACCGAAAGGAGAAGAGCAUUUUGCUGAAGGACAGCAGCCUGGCGCUGUACAACAACAUGAGCGUCUUGCCCCUCCCGGCCAAGCAGCUCACCUACUUUGCCAGCGUGCACGGCACCACCGUCAACAUGGUGAGCGCCUCCGACGACGGCCUCAGCUUCUCCCACCGCCAGCUGCAGGCCAAGGAGGGCAGCCUGGGCGUCGGGGCCUCCAUCAUCACCCAGGCUGCCUGGUGUGUCCUCCCUUCCAGGGUCCUCUUGGUUCUGACUUCACAGAAGGGGAUCCAGAUGUACGAGUCGGACGGGUCCAUCAUGGUCUACUGGCAUGCCCUGGAGGGCUUGGAGUCACCUCCAGGGAAGGCUGUGUUUGCUCGUGGGAUCGCGGCAACCGGGCAGCGCUUCGUUUGCGUAGGGACGUCCCUGGGGUCGGUCCUCGUCUUCGACGUCCCCGCCAAAGGCACCAACAUCACGCUGAGCGAAGUCCUCGAGAAGCACUGCGACUCCAUCACCGACAUUGCCGCCGAGCUGUGCGAACAGCCGGAAGGCGUGCCUGAUUUGGUGACGGCCGAUGACUCUGGAGCCUUGUGCGUCUGGUUUUCCGGAGAGAAGUUCACGCUGGCCAACAAGAUCCCGGCUUCUGAGUGCACCUGCUCCUCCGUCAAGCUGUGGAACGGCAUCAUCGCGGCUGGUUACGGCAACGGGCACAUUCGCCUGUAUGAGGCAGCAAGCGGGAUCCUGCGAGCGGAAGUCCGCGCUCACGCCCGCUGGAUCUAUGCCCUGGACCUGGCGCCCCUCUCGGGGAAGCUCCUGUCAGCAGCGGAGGACUCUUUUGUGCAAGUCUGGAAACUGAGCCCCAGCCCUGACUCUGAGGGCAUUGAGAUUCAGCACUGCCACGUGGAAUGCGUGACGGACACCAUGAUCUGCGGCGCCCGCUUUUGCAACCCCGAGGGCAGUGCCUUUGCGGUCACCGGCUUUGAGCUCAGCGAGAUAAUCCACUAUGUCCUGGCGUAGCCCUUCCUGGCCGCAGGAGAGGGGACCAUCUGGAGGCAGGCCUGGAGGGGGGGGCAGAUAAAACAGAGGCUCUCUGGGCAUCCUGCAGAGGGGGCUCAGGGAACAGGCAUCAGGGGCCCAACUUGUCUUCCCCUUUUAGGGCCACAGCCCCCAAAACACUCCCUUCCACUGUCUGCACUCCAGGCAAGGCAGGGAGCACAAAUCCUCAUGUGACACCCCCCAUCAUUGCUCUCAACGCCAUGCUAUUCAAAGCCCCAAGGAACUGCUGUCUCUGCCUCGCCCCCCCCCCAGCAGACUACUUACUCUGGCUCCAGAACCAGGGACACCACCGUCCUUGCCCAGUGGAUGGGGGAGAAGAGGCAAGAAUAUUUCCCAGGGCCCUCACACUCACAGACCCAAAGAACUUGGGGGGGGGGCUGGAGAGAGAAGAAACUGCCCAGGCACUGAGAAAUGGGUGCAAGCUGGAAAAAUGAUUGCGUCCCCCACCUGCCCCCCAUAUCUUAGUAAUGUCUCCUCCUCCUCCUAUUAGAAAGGCCCUUGUCAAGGGUGGUGCUUGGCCCCAACCAGGCUGAUAAAAGUUGGCAGCUCUCUCUGA